AUCUGGGAUCCAUCUGUGUUUCUGGAAUCGGACAGGCGGCUCUAGUCAGUGAGAGAUCGCAGAUGUGCAGGAGCUGACACAUGUCCAGCUAAUGAAAAGAGAAGGCAGGCUGGUUGCAGGCUCGGCUCGAAGAUUAGGAGUUGCAAAAAAAAGACCAUUUUUAUUUAUAUUUUGAAGAAACUGGGCGUUUUCGAACGGCAGCUGGAUUGUUUUAGCCUCGGCUGCACACGUUGCUACUGAGAAGAGGGUUCCAGUAAUGCCAGGAUCCCCUGUGGAAGUAAAGAUACAGUCACGAUCGUCUCCAUCCAGCAUGCCGCCACUGCCUCCUGUCAACUCCAGCGGUCCCCGACCCGUCUCAUUUACCCCAGCAGCGUUACCAAAUGGGAUGAACCAUUCACCCCCUACACUGAAUGGAGCACCAUCACCACCUCAGAGGUUUAGCAAUGGGCCGUCCUCAUCUUCAUCAUCUUCACUGACCAAUCAGCAGCUCCCAGCUACUUGCGGGGCUCGUCAGCUCAGCAAACUGAAGAGGUUUCUUACCACCCUCCAGCAGUUCGGCAAUGACAUUUCGCCAGAGAUUGGGGAGAAGGUCCGGACACUUGUUUUAGCAUUAGUGAAUUCUACGGUGACAAUAGAGGAGUUUCACUGCAAGCUUCAGGAGGCCACUAAUUUUCCUCUCCGUCCAUUUGUGAUUCCAUUCUUGAAGGCCAACCUUCCACUUCUACAGAGGGAGCUGCUGCACUGUGCUCGGGCAGCCAAACAAACCCCUUCCCAAUAUUUGGCCCAACACGAGCAUGUCUUGCUGAACACAAACACAGCUUCCCCAGCUGACUCAUCAGAGCUGCUGAUGGAAGUGAACGGAAACGGGAAGAGGCACAGUCCAGACAGGAGAGAAGAAAGCAGCUUUGAGAGAGACCCACUCCCCUCGGAGCCCCCCGCCAAGAGGGUGUGCACCAUUAGCCCAGCUCCCCGGCACAGCCCGGCCCUCAUGCUGCCCGUCAUCAACCCAGCUGGGCAGUUCCAUCCUACCCCACCCCCGCUCCAACAUUACACCUUGGAAGACAUUGCGACCUCCCACUUGUACCGAGACCCGGGCAAGAUGUUGGAGCACAGGGAAUUGCGAGACAGGCACAGCGUCGGACUAAACGGAGGCUAUCAGGAUGAGCUCGUGGAUCAUCGCUUAACAGAGAGAGAAUGGGCUGAUGAAUGGAAGCAUCUUGACCAUGUAAGGAACCUGAAUGCACAGCCUCCAGCUCCUCUUAACAUGAGCUGCACAGCGUUGAACUGCAUCAUGGAAAUGGUGGAGAAGACCAGGCGCUCCAUGGCUGUCCUCCGUCGUUGCCAAGAGGCUGACAGGGAAGAGCUGAACUACUGGAAGAGACGAUGCAGUGAGACCACAGAGCCACGGAAAGGAGGGAGCGAAUUAAUCGUGAGGCAGCACAGCCCGGGGAGCUCGGAUUCGGUCAGCAGCGAUUCUCAGCGUGAGUUUAGUAGCAGGUCAGGAGCAGCCGGCUAUGUCACUGAAGAGAUCUGGAAGAAAGCCGAAGAAGCUGUGAAUGAAGUGAAGCGCCAGGCCAUGUCUGAAGUCCAGAAAGCGGUAGCAGAGGCAGAGCAGAAGGCAUUUGAAAUGAUUGCAUCUGAGAGGGCCCGAAUGGAGCAGACUAUUGCGGAUGCCAAGCGCCAGGCAACCGAGGAUGCUUUCCUAGUGAUCAAUGAGCAGGAGGAGUCUACGGAGAGCUGCUGGAACUGUGGCCGCAAAGCCAGCGAGACGUGCAGCGGAUGCAACAUUGCCCGCUAUUGUGGCUCCUUCUGCCAGCACAAGGAUUGGGAGAGACACCAUCGAAUCUGCGGGCAAGGCCUGCACAGCCAGGUCAAACCACUCCCCUUACCCACAGGCCGAUCUGCAGCAGCCGCUCUCAAAGCAGUCGAGGGAGUCCCAAGUCCAGCUCUAGAGAAGACUUCGGCUACCACCUCUCGGUCCUCCACUCCAGCCUCCGUGACAGCAGUAGACACUAAUGGGCUCUAAAAGGGGAGAUGACCAUCCAGCAUAUUUUGUUAGUUUUCCUAGUUUUCUACAUUAAGAACAGACUCCUCGAAACAGUUGUUGAACGUUCGUACUGCGGCACAUUGUCACUCAAGCG